AUGUCAGGUGGGACCGUCAUGGAACAGAUGGGUUCACUUCCGCAUGAUCUGAGCAAACUCUUCGGUCAAGUGAACAACUCAGAAGCAGAUAUCAAGCGGAAAGAGGACUCCAUAAUGGAAUUGGGCAAUAAAUUGGCAGCGAAUAAGCAGACGCACGAACUGCGGAUGAUGAUCGAGAAUACGCGUCCGUUUCUUCUUACACUUGGUAAAGCCAAGGCAGCCAAACUCGUCCGUGAUCUUGUCGAUCUAUGCCUGAUGAUUGAAGGCCAAGAUGGCGACAUUAAGGUCGAGUUAUGCAAGGAGUGCAUCCUGUGGGCUGAACAGCAAAAUCGCAUCUUCUUGCGCCAAACGCUCCAGGCCAGACUGAUUCGUUUGUACAACGACCUGGAUCGCUAUAACUUGGCAUUGACUCUUGCGAACGAAUUGGUGCGAGAGCUAAAGAAGGUCGAUGAUAAGGACUUGCUCAUCGAAGUCGAGCUGGAAGAAAGCAAGGCCUUCUAUCACCUCGGGAACAUUGGCCGUGCCCGUUCUUCACUUACCGGCGCUAGAACUACCGCAAAUGCUGUUUACGUGCGACCUCAGAUGCAGGCUGCUCUGGACGUACAGGCCGGGAUUUUGCACGCCGCCGACAAGCGUGACUUCAAAACAGCAUACUCCUACUUCUACGAGGCUUUUGAGGCGUACGACUCGACGAAUCAGAAGAAACUGGCUCUACAAGCGCUAAAGUAUAUGCUACUAUGCAAGGUCAUGCUCGAUCUUCCGGAAGAAGCCAUUUCUCUUACCCAAGGCAAGGUGGCCCGUAAUUACACGAAUUCCGAAGCUGUGCAAGCGAUGAAGGCCAUUGCGAAUGCUUCAAAGGAUCGGUCUCUGAAAGAUUUCAACUCCACCUUUGGUCACUAUAGGACCGAGCUUCAAAUGGACCCAGUGAUCAAGAAGCAUUUCUACGAGCUGUCCGAGCGCAUGUUGGAGAAGGAACUGUGUCGAUUAAUCGAGCCAUAUUCCUGCGUACAGAUCGACCACAUAGCCAAAAUCAUUCAGCUGGACCGAAUUAUGGUCGAAAAGAAGCUGGCCCAGAUGAUCCUGGACCAAAAAUUCCACGGCUCUUUAUAUCAACAAGAGGGGAUGCUGAUCGUUUAUUCCCCGGAAAAGCCAGACACCACGUACGAAACCGCCCUCAACUCGAUUCACGCAUUCGGAGGCGUCCUUGAUGCUCUUUAUCAGCGUGCGAGCGUUCUACGU